AUGUUUUAUUAGCUCAAAACUGGCCAGAAAGGGGGCGUGGCAGUUGCGGCGAAAUGGAGAAAUGCAAUUUCAGUGGAUUUGUAGUUAAUUAAAGUGUAAUGUCUGCCCAUGUACGGCUGCCUCCAGCGGAGGAUGUGGAAAAGGAGCAGGAUUCAGGAGCCGGAGAAGUCGGGGUGCCAACGUUGACAAGGCCCAUCAGAGGAGCGUGAAAUAUGGCCACUUUAGAGUCCGGCCAAAUGGCCCGUUUGCCGUGGAACUGCUCUGUCCUCGACGUCCGUCAACAAAGGGGGCAAACACAAAUCAUUCGGAAUACAACAAGUCGGAAUAGUGGCGAUUUUCAGUACUUGGCCGUGCAAUUACGCAGAAUGCCGUUUGCCUUUUAAGUUGCAUAUUGUUCGGCGAUCAGGAGGAGGAGGCGGAGGAGGAGGAGGAAGACUUUCCCGCGGACUGGGAAAGCGGAAAAGCGCGGAAAAACGGACGUUAAGGUGAAGUGAAGGAGAAGGAGGAGGAGGAGAAGUGCCACUGACAGUGGCAGUAAGUUACGGGCCAAGUUUCGCCGGAGUCGCCUUGUCGCUGGCGCAACUGGCAUAACUCAGAGCUGAUGAAAUAUGGAGCUGCUGCAGGCCCUCUGCUGUACGCUGCUCCUGCUUUUGGCCCGGAUGCAAGUUCUGCUCGCCGUCAGCUGGGAGGACUGGUGGACAUACGAUGGCAUCUCGGGACCCGCCUUCUGGGGGCUCAUCAAUCCGGAGUGGUCGCUCUGCAACAAGGGUCGUCGCCAGUCGCCGGUCAAUCUGGAGCCCCAGCGCCUGCUCUUCGAUCCCAACUUGCGGCCCAUGCACAUAGACAAGCACAGGAUAUCCGGACUGAUCACUAAUACGGGCCACAGCGUCAUCUUCACGGCCGGAAACGACACGGUGGCCAACUACGACGGCAUGCAGACGCCGGUGAACAUCUCGGGCGGACCGCUCUCGUACCGCUACCGCUUCCACGAGAUCCACAUGCACUACGGUCUGAACGACCAGUUCGGAUCGGAGCACAGCGUCGAGGGCUACACGUUCCCGGCGGAGAUACAAAUAUUCGGCUACAAUUCCCAGCUGUAUGCAAAUUUCUCAGAUGCCCUCAAUCGCGCCCAGGGCAUCGUGGGCGUCUCCAUUCUGCUGCAGCUUGGAGACCUCUCGAAUCCGGAGCUGCGCAUGCUCACCGAUCAGCUGGAGCGCAUUCGCUAUGGCGGCGACGAGGCGUUUGUCAAACGACUCUCGAUUCGGGGACUGCUUCCCGAUACGGAUCACUACAUGACCUACGAUGGAUCAACAACGGCACCAGCCUGCCACGAAACAGUCACUUGGGUGGUGCUCAACAAGCCCAUCUACAUCACAAAGCAACAGUUGCACGCCCUGCGCCGCCUGAUGCAGGGCAGCCCCGACCACCCGAAGGCGCCCCUGGGCAACAAUUACAGGCCGCCCCAGCCGCUCCUGCACCGGCCCAUCCGCACCAACAUUGAUUUCAAGACGACGAAGACGAACGGCAAGGCCGCCUGCCCCACCAUGUACCGCGAGGUCUACUACAAAGCGACCAGUUGGAAACAGAACUAGAAUUCAGUCACGUGAUGGCGUAACGUAACGUAUCGUAAGCGUAUGACGUAAGUAGCGAGCGGCGUGCAACAGGAGCUUCCACUAAACAUACAUAUAGACAAGGCGAUGCCGAGGGAAAGGACUCGAAAGGGAAGGACUACGAUGCAAGGGAAGGACGAGGCUCAAGAUGAGCUAGGGAAGGAAUCACAAAGGAAUCAGUGCAGCAAAUUGGCGAUUGGAAAUACACACACAUAUAUAUAUAAAUAGGCAGAGAAUAAACAAAGGAAUAAUAUGGAUAGCGAUUACGAUUACGACAAUUAGCAUUAAAUGUGCAUUUUUUUGUCUCCCCCGGAAAAUCAAUCAGACCCUGAUUGCAGUCUGAGGUUGAAUAUUUUUUUUUGUGUGUGCGUAGCCUAAGUACAAUAACAAUAAACCAAAAAAAAAAAAGAAAAACAAAUAGCGAUGACUAGUAAUCAUAAUUACCGACAUAACCACUAACGUAAUCCACAAAACCAAAUACUAUUGUAUAUUUUAAGUUAGGCCCGGCAACGUGAGAAGAUCAAAAUAAUAUACAGAAUACACAGAACACAUAAUACGAGUAUCGAUAGCCGUUAUCCAACACUGUCAUGAGUGUUAUGGCAGGCAUUAUGCAAAACCCACCCAAAGAACAGACUUUAAAUCCACACCCACAUCGGUGGGUAUAUAAAACCAGUUUGUUUAUGCCCCCUAAAUGUGUAUAGACCGGCCUCUGUUUGUGUGUGUUCCAAAGUGUGCGUGUGUUUGGACAUUAGGUAAUAACAUUAACAAUAAUAAAGUGUUAAUCUCUAUGAGUACGGGAUGGUAAAAAAAAAAUUUAUAAAUUUACGGUUGUAGCAAAAACUCAGACAUAUUGGUAUAUUUUUCUGCCCAUAUUUGCAUAUCAUUCAGUUUAAAAAAAUGUUAUAAAAAGGCUUUAAUUUUAAACUAAUUUACAAUUUCUAAUGGCAAACAUAUUUAUUUGCUUUGCCAUUUGAUCAGGCAAAGCGUGACGAACUACCAAUUUAUUGACCCUUUCAUAGGACCAGGGAAAAAAGUUGCCCCAGGGAUCGAGGGCUUAAAAUACUUGCACACUUAAUUGCAAUUUUAAAAUUAUGAAUUUGGGCGUUUUUAAUACGUAAUCCCGAUGCGGAGGCCCCGCCAACGUGGCAGUGUCGCCGCAAAUGCGUGCAUUUUGCAUUUUAAAUGCACUUGACCGCAGCAUCCAGCCAGUUCCCCACCGGUUUGUGUAACCGGGGACCUUAUCAAACCAACUCGCCAGGCAGCCAGAGACCACCCUGGGCCACCCUAAGCCACCCUGGACCACCCUGGGCCACCCUAAGCCACCCCUGUACACCCGGGAAUGUCGGGCUGUCGCUUAUCGAACGGCAAAUGCAACAUGAAACCACAAAAUCUGUUGCGGUUAUUUAAAAUCACGUUUAAAUACGAAAGUGCUGGCUGUCUCUCGCUUCGGUUUGGUUGGGUUUUGCGUUUUUGGCCAGCAUAAAAAUCAACUUUUUAAUGCCCGAAAGGAAAAUGAUUACGUAUCCGCCGCGUGGCCAGGGACAUGGCCGAAAACUGGCCAAAGCUGUAUAACUUUUUUCUGCAACCCCUUCGCCCGAAAAAAACCGCCUUCAAACCCCCCUGCAAAAUCACAUAAUAAUUUGUAUAAACAUUUGCAUUAUUUGCACUAGUUGACCUUUUUGCAGUUGUUGUUCUGUUUGGCCCGGCAUUCGACUGAAACUUUUCGAGCUCUUUGUUUCAUUUAGUUGCUUUUCAGUUUUUGCAUUGUUUUUUUUUGCAUUUUUUUUUUUGGUUUACUUCGGUUGUGCAUCGAGGGAUUUGCCAAUGGGAAAUUAUGACUUAAAUUAAUACAUGGCAAGUGUAAUUUAUUUGAGCGAAUCAAGCGGCAGCUGCUGCCGGCAACUGACACCCUGUAACUUUUGGGUUACCAAAUGAAUGGGUCAAGUUUUUGGGCUACUAAUGUAUCUCUUAUUUCUGGUCUUAAAGAAAUUAUUUUAAAUAGUAGGAGUGUUGAUCUAUAUAUGUUUUAUUUUUCAAUAACCGAAAAUAUUUAUUUAAAAAUACGCUAGAUGUAACAACCAUAGAAGAAGAGGCUUCCACUUUCAUCUUUAAAAAAAGAGAUUCUUGUAAAUGUAGUAUACAAAAUACCUGCCGAAAUACCUUAGGGAUUUUCUCAAACUCCCUUAAUUACAGGGUAUCUGCGGUGGCCAUGAGCAAGCCAGACUGGUGACCUAAUUAGCCUGGCUAGGGAAUAGCCCGUUCCAUCAGUUUAUUUGCAGCAAACUCAAUUCCAACUUUGGCUGACUUUCAAUCAAUCAAAUGGUUUGGGUCAUCUGGGCGAGGCGACUCUGGCCAAACUGAUUUGCGGUGGCUUCUGCACGAAGUUAUGUUGCAUGCUGUGCCAGUGGGCGGAGGGGCGGGGGGGCGUGGCACGAGGUGGGCGUGGCUGACCACCGGAUCUGACCAGACGGGGCUAACCCGACACAUAUAUUGGCAGCCAGACUCCAAAUGGCUCCAAAGUGCAGGUAGCAGCUUUAAACUUACCCGUUUUCUGGGCUACAAGGGGUUAAGCUUGAUUUUCCCGUCUUAAAAAUGUUUAAUUUUUUGUUUACUACAGGGUAGCCCCCUUUUCGUCCUUUAUCAUGCAAUGGAAACUACCAUUUUAUCGGCACUAUAAAAAUUGCGGCUGGAGGUUUUAUAUAUAUAGCGUAUGUAUUUUUUACAUCAUUUCAUUUUCAUGCAUAUACGAUUGCAGUUGGCCAUUUCGGCUAUUGGCCAUUUCAGUGAUUAUUUUCAAUACAUUGAAGUUGUGGCUACUGUGUAUGUGCGUUUCGGACUCUGAUAAAAGACAACAUCGAUCAUGACAGUCGGAGCGAGGGAAAACCCAUUCGGAACAGACCUGCAAAUAUUGCAAUUUGACAAAGUGACAAAUUCGCAGCCAUUCAUUUUUCUGUGGGUGCGGGGUUAAACCAAAUAAAAGAGUCGACGGGGCAUUGUCCUGUAAAAAACAAAUGGAUUAUUAAUUCCCAUAUUUUUAAAGAAUUAUUGUUUGUAAGAAAAAAAUGUUAUUAAUAGCUUGAUUUUUUAUUCAUUUAUUGCAUAACAAUAUUUCUUUUAACUAAAUGGCAUU